AUGGCGGUCCGCCUGAGCGAGGGGGCGAUUGCGUCCAUAAUGCAAGGAGAGAAUGUUGGGACACCUGUCUUGCAGCUUAUUACCAUCCGUGCUAUCGCCACUGGGAAUAGCCUGCCACGUUACCGAAUGCUGAUGAGCGAUGGAGUGAACAUGCUUUCUUCUUUCAUGCUGGCAACGCAGCUGAACUCUCUCGUUGAUCAGGGGCGUUUGAUUGCACAUGCCAUCUGCAAGAUUAACAGGUUUAUCGUUAACGUCUUGAAGGAUGGAAGGAAAGUGAUUAUCUUGAUGGAUUUAGAUGUUGUGAAAGCUGCUGAUGCGGUGGGCGGUAAAAUCGGCAAUCCAGUCCAGUACGCUGAAGCAGAGCAGCAGCAGCAGACCUCGGCUUUUGCAGCCAACCAAGCGCCAAGCAAGACACCUCAGCGGAAUGGGAACCCUGCAGCAGGUCCUCCUGCAAAACACAUCAGCCCUCCACCGACACUCGGGAAGGCAGGUGGCUCCAGCUUCCUGAACACUCCUGGCGGCUCUCAGGCCAAAGUGGUGCCCAUUGCCAGUUUGAAUCCAUAUCAGUCCAAGUGGACAAUUUGCGCACGGGUGACCCAGAAAAGCCAGAUUCGGACAUGGAGCAACUCGCGUGGGGAAGGGAAGCUGUUCUCCAUAGAGAUGGUAGAUGAAAGUGGUGAGAUCCGAGCAACUGCCUUCACAGACCAAGUGGACAAGUUUUUCCCCCUUAUUGAGCUGAACAAGGUCUAUUACUUCUCCAAGGGCAACCUGAAGACGGCUAACAAACAGUACACAACUGUGAAGAAUGAUUAUGAGAUCACGUUCACAAACGAGACUUCUGUCGUGCCGUGCGAGGACGCACAGCACCUUCCCUCUGUCAAGUUUGAUUUUGUUUCCAUCGGUGACCUGGAGAACGUAAACAAAGAUGCGAUUGUGGAUGUCAUGGGAAUCUGCAAGAGCUUUGAGGACGACAAAAAAAUUGUAGUGAAGGCUUCCAAUCGAGAGGUGUCCAAGAGAGAUAUACACUUGGUGGACAUAUCUGGAAAAAUGGUGACGGUCACGCUGUGGGGAACUGAAGCUGAAAAAUUUGAUGGCUCUCGGCAGCCUGUGGUGGCCAUCAAGGGAGCCCGAGUCUCAGAUUUUGGCGGCCGAAGCCUGUCUGUCCUUUCAUCAAGCACUAUCAUCAUGAACCCUGACAGUCCAGAAUCCUUCAAGCUGCGUGGAUGGUUUGACUCUGAGGGGCAACUUCAAGAAUGCGCCUCCAUCUCUAACACACAGGGUGGGCCUGGUGCAGGCGGAAGCACCAACUGGAAAACUCUGUAUGAGGCUAAAUCGGAGAACCUCGGCCAAGGAGAUAAGGCGGACUAUUUUAGUUGCGUGGCCACUGUGGUGUAUUUGCGCAAGGAGAACUGCAUGUACCAGGCAUGCCCGUCCCAAGACUGCAAUAAGAAAGUGAUCGAUGACCAGACUGGACUUUAUCGCUGCGAAAAAUGCGAUCGGGAAUUCCCCAACUUCAAGUAUCGCAUGAUCCUUUCGAUAAACAUGGCCGACUUUCAUGACAAUCAGUGGGUGACUUGUUUCCAGGAGUCAGCGGAGGCCAUUCUCGGGCAGAAUGCCGCUUACCUCGGAGAACUGAAGGAAAAGAACGAGCAAGCUUUCGAUGAGAUUAUUCAGAAAGCCAACUUCACAACCUUUGAGUUCCGGAUCCGAAUGAAGCUGGAGACUUUCAAUGACGAAUCGCGCCUGAAGGCUACGGCGAUGGACGUGAAGCCUGUCAACCACAAGGAGUACAGCAAGAGGCUGAUCAUGAACAUCCGGAAGAACGCUCCGCAGCUGGCGUGAGCAGCCCAAGCAGAGCUGGAUCCUCUCUGCCGAA